AUGUCUCUGUCAUCUGCAGCAACGGCAUCUUUCAUCGGCGAGGGCAGUCGAGUCUUCCAGCCAUGGCACUCUUUCGACUCCGCUCAUGCACAACGAUGGAUUCCGGCAUCCAGUCCCCCUGAAGAUUCCGCACCCUCAACCUACGGAAAGGAUACACCGGACCUGGUGCUUGCGACCUGGAACAUCGACGCAGGCUCUGAGCGAGCUGCAGACCGCGCAAAUGAGAUCAUAUCAUCCAUAAUAGGCACAGAACCGAAAGUCGACAUCAUUUUCCUCCAAGAGGUGUCCCGAGAAGCCCUAAAGCAAAUCCUAUCUGAUGACCGCAUUCGCCAGUCCUGGUUUUCGAGUGAAGGCGACGACAGCUCAUGGGGGACACGCAUGUUCACAUCUGUGACGCUAGUAUCCAAAGCCCGAUUUGCGUCUCAUGGUGAACUGGGAAAGAGGAAUCACUCUCUAGGCCCCGUUUGGCGGAUCAAAUAUCCUAGCCGCUUCGCCAGGGAUGCACUUGUCUGCGACAUAUUUCUUCCCCGUUCCAAUGAGUCACCAUCUGCUUCCCCGACUAGGCCUACGCGACUUGUCAAUGUGCAUCUUGACUCUCUGCCAAUCCAGCCUUCCUUCAGACCACGGCAAAUGGCCAUAGUUUCUUCUAUCAUCUCGGACGCCGGAUCUGGGUUGGUGGCUGGUGAUUUCAAUCCGGUCCUUGAGGAGGACGCUUCUCUAGUCGAAGACAAUGGUCUGAUGGAUGUUUGGAAGUCUCUUCGUCCCCAGGAGGCCGGUUAUACUUGGGGAGUUGAUGGAAAGAAACGGUUCCCGCCCGGUCGGCUUGACAAAGUCGCUAUGCUAGGGCUGCGCCCUUCCAGCAUCAGAGUUUUGGAGCCAAAAAUAUUGAGCACCUCCAAUUCAGUACCUUGGAGUGAUCAUCAUGGGUUACUCUGUUCUUUUGCACCAGUUGCGCGCCGGGAAGCAUGA